AGAGAAGGGUGGUAUUGCUGGAGUGCAGCUCCGGCGGCGGUGUCAGUUAUCAGUGUGGGUUGUCACACGGAGCACAUCGUCUUGUUAGAGCCACAGACCCCCGCCCAGGAGAGGGCCAUUCAAUGAAGUGAAGGCACAAGCUCUUGUCGCCCCCUCUUCCAGGCACUGACUCCAUGUGGUGUGGGGUGACACUGUACUGACCCUCGCCCGUCAUACAGAGAAAGAAGCAGGAGGAUAUAUUCGCUGGUUGUUAUGGCCGUCCUGGAGCUGGCCCUACAAGGUCUCGCCAUCUUCGGCGUCGUCCUUUUCUUCGUCCUGUGGUUCAUGCAUUUCUUAUCCAUCAUCUACACGCGGCUCCACCUCAACAAGAAAGCAUCCGACAAGCAGCCUUACAGCAAGCUUCCUGGCGUUUCACUUCUUAAACCACUAAAGGGGGUUGAUACUAAUCUAAUCAACAAUUUAGAAACGUUCUUUGAAUUAGACUAUCCAAAGUUUGAAAUCCUCCUUUGCGUUCAAGAUGUUGAUGAUCCGGCAGUGGACGUAUGUAAAAAACUUCUUGGGAAAUACCCCAACGUGGACGCCAACUUAUUCAUAGGUGGUAAAAAGGUUGGCAUCAACCCAAAGAUAAACAACCUAAUGCCUGGGUAUGAACUUGCCAAGUAUGAUCUCAUAUGGAUUUGUGACAGUGGCAUUAAAGUGAAACCAGACACCCUCACAGACAUGGCCAAUCAAAUGACUGAAAAAGUUGGCUUGGUUCAUGGACUUCCUUAUGUGGCAGACAGGCAAGGUUUUGCUGCUACGCUAGAACAGGUUUAUUUUGGAACUUCCCAUCCGAGGUCAUACAUUUCUGCUAAUGUCACUGGUAUCAAGUGUGUAACGGGGAUGUCAUGUUUAAUGAGGAAAGAGAUUCUGGACCAAGCAGGUGGACUAAUUGCAUUUGCGCAAUAUAUAGCCGAAGAUUAUUUCAUGGCCAAGGCAAUAGCAGAUCGGGGUUGGAAAUUUUCUAUGGCUACCCAAGUUGCAAUGCAAAAUUCUGGUUGUUACUCCAUAUCUCAGUUUCAGUCUAGAAUGAUCAGAUGGACUAAGCUCAGAAUCAAUAUGGUACCUGCCACAAUCGUGUGUGAACCGAUCUCUGAAUGUUUUGUUUCAAGCUUGAUCAUCGGCUGGGCCGCCCACUACAUUUUCCGAUGGGACAUCAUGGUGUUUUUUAUGUGUCACUGUUUGGCUUGGUUUAUAUUUGAUUAUAUUCAACUGCGGGGUGUUCAGGGUGGGCCUCUUCCUUUUUCCAAACUGGACUAUGCAGUUGCGUGGUUCAUCAGAGAGUCUAUGACAAUAUAUAUCUUUUUAUCUGCCCUAUGGGAUCCCACCAUCAGCUGGAGGACCGGAAGAUAUAGGUUGCGAUGUGGAGGCACAGCAGAAGAAAUCCUUGAUGUAUAGUUUUGGACCUUUAAUUGUAUAUAAAAGGAAGAGAAAAAAAAAGUAUUCUGAAUUGUUUAUACGAAUGCUUUUAAAGAAAGAGCAACUACCUUUUGAAUCGUUUUUACGUUUAUGUUUUGCUAUUUGAUCUAAUUUAUUUUGCAUGGCACUUGUAUCUGUGACGCGUUGUUUCUAAUCUGGGCCAUAUAGGGGCAAUAUAUUUUUAGGUGAACAAAGCUGAUAGAAUAUAAGUGCUCUGCGCUAAACGGUAUAGCAGUCGGAAGGAGACUGGUGCACUCUCUCAAUGUGAAGGGACCAGCGGAGAAAAGUUGUUUUUUUUUAUUUAAUUUUUUUCUUCCUCUUUCUAAGGAACAAUAGUUUUAUAUUAAAACAAAAAAAAUAAAAAAAAGUCUGAGCCCUAACUUUAUAUUUGCAGAGGUGGAAAUCCUCCGCACACCGAUUCGCUCCUGCUUGAAUGAAACAUGGAUCCGGUACUGGACAGACUAUUUGGCUACCUCUUUACAUUCUGCUGUAAUGUGCAGAAAACAUUAGAAAAAAGUGGACUCCUUGAUUCAAACCAUUUUGUUUGCUUGGAAAGUAUUUAUUGAGAAUACAAGCUGCAAAACAAAUGGGAACCGUCGAUAUUGAGGCACUUUAUGAUUGACAUCAUAACUUCCCUGCAAAUUGAUGGUUUGAAUUCUCAUAAAUAUUGGCCGUGAUUACAAAGUGAUUGUUUACAUUGUGACUGGUAAAUGGAUCUGGAAGUGUAAAGCAGGGUUCACAGCCUGUGUUUGCAUCGUGCUUUUUAACUGGGAAACAGGACAGGGAUCUGAAGUAUUAAUGCCUGCUUUUUAUACUUCUCUUCUCUUUGAGAUGUCUUGAUCUUGUCCCCCCUACAUAGUUACAGUGUGUAUACCCAUCCUUAAAGAGAGCCUGGACUGUCUUCCUACCUGUUACUACACUUUUAGCAGUUGUGCCAAGUUUAGCAGUUAUCCACAGUAUAGAGGAUAGCCAACUGAUCACUGGGUUAUCAGACUGCUGGGACCCCACCAAGUCUAAGAACGGGGGUCCUGUUCCCUUUGAUCAUUCAUUCUCAUUGGGACCGCCGUAAAUAGCUGAGCACUGUACUGCACUGUCUCCAGAAGUCCCAUAGAGAAUGAAUUGAGUGACGGGGCACAUGCUCGACCUGCCGUUCUGUCCGAUCAGGGGAUCGGAACCCUUGUUCUUGGGUUUGUUGGGAUUCCCAGUGGUGGGACUCCCAGCAAUCACUUAGUUAUCCCCUAUCCACAUAACUUCUAAAUUUGGCACAGCCACCUUCAACCAAAAGUAGACUGAUUGCUCCAUAUGGCUCGCCAUGCUCUUAAAGGCCAUUGCUAAAUAAUUGCUAAUCUCAAUGCUGUAACUAGCCUUAGCCUUUACCUCCAGAUUUCCUCCUGGUGAGGUGACUUUGUUUUUGCUUUGAGCUUUUUUUUUUUUUAUAUAUAUAUAUUCUUUCCAGUCGUUUUGCUUGUUUCUCUUUAUACAUAUGAUAAAAUGCAAUUUAGGAAUUCAUGCAUUGAAACUAUUUUCUUACUCCACAUAAAAUUGCUAAAACGAGACCUUUUGUGACCUGUAUUUAGUACCUUUUUAAUGCAUGUAUAAUAUUGAGAAUGAAACUCAGUAAAUAUUGUAAAUAUACAGUAUUUAAAUGUGUAUAAAAAAAAAAAGAAGUGAGGAUGUAUUUGCCGUAACUGAAAAUCUGUACACAGUCUUAAUUUAUUUGCUACUGCUGGGUUGUUCUCUUUAUACAGUUGGAUUUUUUUUUAUUUUUUUAUUUUUUAUGCUUCUGCUUGUAACAAUGUGAAUUCAUAGAAGUGCAUGCUGUAUAUUAUUCCUCGCUACUUGUAACUGUUUGUACCCAACUGUAAUGUCCGAUCUGUAUAGCUGUGGUGAACUGGGCCUACUAUGGUUAUGUAUAUGCUCACGAAAGAAGUGAACAGGAAAUGCAUAAGCCUUUAAUACGUGUACAUGUACAUGCGUUUUGUUACGUCACCCCCAUCUCACUCCAUGUUAUCGACAUACUGGCUAGCGAAAAGGUCUUCUCUGGCUACCGUGAACCUGUUUAUUACACCUUAGAAUAUGCCGGAGAACAUACCUGUUUAUAAAAGCAAUAAUUACCUCUUCUAACAAUCUGGGCACUCUUUCUGUUACUGAGCCUAUAGACAUACGUUUGCCCAAAUGUUCCUAAUCCUGGCCAAGACCUUCCUAGCCAGCUUGCCUUAUGACAUCAUGAUUUUUGAUUUGAAGGGCAUCUCUUCUUUUGACAGAUGGGGGGAGGCUUUUGUUGCACGUUCGCAUUCUUUCCAUGAAUCGGGGAUAUGGUACCCUGAUGAAAUGGCACAUUGCUAGCCAGUCUAGUUGUGACCCACACGAGCUGUUCAUGAAAUGCUUCAUUGUUUUUUUGUAAUAUAUGUUGUACUUUUUAUUUUAUUUUUAUGUUUAGUGAAGUUUGGUUGAUGCCAUGCAUUACGCUGCUAUCCCCAUCAUACACUGUACAAUCUGGAAGCUUCUUGGUGUAUGCAGUGUACAUACAAAAUGAAGGCUGGACAGACUUCAAGGUUUUCUUUUUUUAUAUAUAUUUUCUAGAUAUAACCACAAUAUUUUGCACUUCUCAUACAUCUGCUUAUGGAGGCAAAAAAAUGAAGCACACAGUUAGAGCUUCUGUUUUGUGUCGAUCAUUUUUUGAUCUGAAGAGCAUCACAAACAGAUUAUUUAAUUUCCAGAUAAUGUGCAUAAUUUAAAGUAGUCUUAUGAGGAAAUGUGUAGAAUAUUUUCUGUGUUUAUUUAAAAUAAUUGUUUCUUGUUGGUUGUUCAAAAAAAAUUUGGAAGAAAAAAAAGAGAAUAAACUUUCACAAUGAAAAGAUGAAA